AUCUCUUGCUGUCGCCAGGGAAACGGGCUGACCCCCUUCCCCCCCCCGGGCAGCUCCCCCCUUUCUCUUGUCCGGGGAGGGGAGGGGGGCUUUCCCCAUUGAGGCAGCCGCCCCCUAUUCAGGCGCUCUCCCUCCCUCCCCCCCCCCCAAUAUCUGGGGCCUAUUGUGGGCACAGCUGUGCAGCCCCCUCGGAAGCCGGCGGCCCCAGAGGCGGGCAGAUAAAGCCAGGGACGGGGCUGGCACCGAGACCCCCUGAAAGGAGCCUUGGGGGGCUGCGCCGCCCCCUCCCCGGGCGAAAUCGUGGGAGGGGGGCACACGCGUCUCCCACCCCCACCGCCACCGCCACCCCCCGGCACUUCUGAAGGCGUCGGAGUUGGUUUCUUUUCCUGGGAUGAAACUUGGUUCUGGGACCGGCGUGGGGGCCUUUCGGGGACUUCUGCCUGGAGUUGCGGGGGGGGGGGCGCUGAAGAAGGUCAGGGGGGGGGCAUCCGCAGGUGGGGCCCAGGGAGAUGGCGGGGGCGGGGGCUGCCGGGGGAGGGUCGAGGCUUCGGGCUGGGGGCUGGGGGGGGGAGGGCAGCCUCGGAUGGACGGAGGACCGGCGACAGCGACCGACCCCCGCGUGCGGCAGGAUGGCCCCGUUGGGGGGGCGAAGAGGCCCGGAGCGCCCGCACGAGAAGCGCCCGCAGAUUUUGAACCCUGGAACAUCUGGAAGCAGAAAAGGGGCAUUUUGACCCCGAGGCUGCAACCCAAGAAAGCCUCUGCUACCCUAAAGGCAUCAGCUUCUGGAGUGACACAGAACUCUUCUUUUGCCGGACUGCGAGAAACAAACUUCGGAACAUGUGGAGAGCCAGCGUGGCGUAGGGUUAAGAGCAGCUCAUUCUCCAGUAGAGAAAAAUACAACCAGCUACAACAGAGGAAGACCCUGGUUUAAAUUUCACCUUUGCUCUGGCCGCCACACGCAGCAGGUUCAGGCAGGCCGCAAUAUGGGGAUCACAGCGACGGCUCGCUCUGCUGCACAGGGACAGCGUCAACUGAACUGGAGGUUUCGCGGCAAGAGUUGAGGCUCACGGGUCCAGCUUCGGGGCAGGUGCAAAUGGCUGAGAAGCACACGGUUGCAUUGCAAUUAAUUAGCAGGGCAAAUAAUAGAAUGGGGUGCAAAUGAGUUGUUUUGUAAAACUUUACUAGAUAACAAACAAGUGUAGGAACAGAAAAGUGCUCAGCCUGGGUGUCAGUGCAGUCUAUCUGUGCCUGUGGGUGUCUCUCUCUGGAAGAAGAAAGCAGAGAUGUUUUCCCAGAAGCUCACCUGAUUCCAGGCAUCUGACUGCAGCAGUUAACCCUUGCUUGACUGAAUGAA